UCUGUUAGCCACAACAGCCAAGAUGCGUCGCAGUCUUAUGGUGAUAAGUGUAGCCUUGCUGGCGACGGCGAUGGCUGACAGUGGAUACGGAGGACGCGGAGGAGGUGGUGGAGGAGGCCAUAGCGGAGGACACGGAGGAGGAGGUAGAGGAGGCCAUAACGGAGGAUUCGGAGGACACGGAGGAGGAGGUGGAGGAGGCCAUAACGGAGGAUUCGGAGGAGGUGGCGCAGUCGGCGGUGGAUUCGGAGGAAAUGCUAUUGGAGGAGGAGUCGGCGGUGGAGCUGGUGGAGGUUAUGGCGGCAAUGGUGGAGGAGUAGGAGGAGGCAGCGUGGCUCCUGGAAUUCUCGUUGGAAGCGGAAGCCUCCCAAGUGUUGGCGGAAAUGGUGGCAGUUACGGCGGUGGCAAUGGCGGUGGCAGCGGCGGUUUCGGCGGUGGCAGCGGCGGUUUCGGCGGUGGAAGCGGCGGUUUCGGCGGUGGAAGCGGCGGUUUCGGUGGAGGAAACGGCGGUUUCGGUGGAGGAAACGGCGGUUUCGGAGGUGGAAAUGGUGGUUUCAGCGGUGGAAAUGGUGGAUUUGGUGGUAGUGGUGCUGGAGGUCAUGGAGGUAGCUACGGAAGGAAAUGAAUUGCAUAAAUCACCAAAGUUGACGUUCCCUUUUCAAAAUGGGAAACUGUUUAACGAUUACAAUAAAACUUUUUACUAC